AUGCCUCUCCUCCUCCCACCCCUGCCCAGCACCUCGGCAGAUGUGAGCGACGAGGCGCUCUGCUCGUUGGAGCCCUCGACUCUCCUCCUCGAGGCGGAGCGACUGCAGAACAGCAUCCUGAAGCUCGAGGAGAGCAAUGCUGCUCUGCAGGAAUUUGUACAAGGCGGGGCAGAAGGAGAAGUAGGAGAGGUAGCUAGAGCAGGGGAGGGAGAGAGACCGACAAAGGAGGAAGAGAAGAUGUUUGAGGAGGUCAGGAGGGAGAAUGAAGAGGUGAUAGCCCGGCAGAAUUCACUUCUCGCACGGAUACAAGAACAGAUCGAGGCUCAGGGAGGCGCAGAGCUGGCACGCAACAGCGAUCCACACCUCGUCUUCGGUGCAGCUAGUGCUGGGCGCGAUGGAACAGGCGAGACUCGUAGCUAG